UAACGCGUACCCCUCGGGGAACGAAGAACCCGUCCCGUUGACGCGCGCUCUCGCCGUACUCUAGCCUCUCGUGACUUCAUGACUUCGUAGUUCGGUGGGUCCGGAGACGACGGUGGACGGACGAAUAAAGAAGGGUAUCGGUGAGCGGGGUGUAUCGCGUGCCGAAAAACGAGCUGAUUCGCGCGCGCGAGUGUACGAAGGUAUACGUACCCCGCGAGUGAGUGACGGACGGGCAGACGGACGGACGGAAGAACGAAAGAGAGAGAGCAAGCAGCGCCAUCAAGCAGCGUGAUAAAAUGAAUCGCGAGAGGCGGCUGUGAGGGGACCAUCGACAACCAGCCGACCAACCAUCAGCCGUGUGCGGUACCAAGUCCACGCACGGGUGGAAAUUAAAUUAGCGGUUGCGAUCGAGUAUCCCGUGGGCUACGCACCCGUGGAUCACCGGCCGGUUGGGUCCCAACCCCCUUCCUCUCACCUCCCCCGGAGAGUCGGCUGCGAGGCCGACAGCCAACGACGGCGGUGGCGGCGGCAACGACGACGACGUCGACAACGACGACGACGACGACGAUUAACCAGGAAAAUAAGGGCGAACGAGCGCAUUAACGGUGACGGUGGCUCGAGGUUUCUAAGAGCACGGGGCGCCGGAGCACGGGGCGCCGGGAGUCACGGGGAGGAGAAAAAAAAACUGCCGGAGGACUCGCGCGAGACGCGACUGCGAGCUUCUUUACAUAGGGAAAAAUAUCAUCUUUGCAUAAACAAUGGCAGCGUUACCACGGAGGAUUAUUAAAGAAACUCAAAGAUUAAUGCAAGAACCAGUUCCUGGUAUCAGCGCUGUGCCAGAUGAUACAAACGCUAGAUAUUUUCACGUAAUAGUAACGGGACCUGAAGAUUCGCCAUUCGAAGGUGGACUAUUUAAGCUCGAAUUGUUCCUACCAGAAGAUUACCCAAUGUCUGCACCUAAAGUUAGAUUUAUCACAAAAAUAUAUCAUCCAAAUAUAGACAGAUUGGGCAGGAUUUGCCUGGAUAUCCUCAAGGACAAGUGGAGUCCAGCGCUUCAAAUUAGAACAGUUUUGCUAUCCAUACAAGCGCUUCUGAGCGCGCCGAAUCCCGAUGAUCCGUUGGCAAAUGAUGUAGCUGAACUUUGGAAAGUUAAUGAGAGCGAAGCGAUACGUAAUGCCAAAGAGUGGACUCGAAGAUACGCUAUGGACAACUGAUCUCAGCCUUGUCAGAUCGCCCACGACAAAGCAAAGCGACGUUACUCCUUUCCCAGACUUUUGAUCACCUUACCCGCACCAACUGCGUAUCCGGCACCUGUGUCCACAAUUUUGCUAUAAAAAUAAUAAAAGUUUUGUAAGAGUAAAAUAGAAUGGAUAUUUUCUAUAUCGUGGGGGAAAUGCAAAGCACUGUUGGAUUUAUUCAAUCGCUCAUUGAGAAAACUUCGUAAAUAUCUUCCUAUAUUAUAACAUUGCGUAUCUGCAAGAAGAAGCCUCUCUCUCGCUCUGUGAGAAGAUGCGGUGAGAUAUGUUACGACAUAAGUUUGAAAUUAAAUUAUAUUAAGGAAAAGUAUGCGACGUACAAUUCUUUCAUAUUGAACUACUGAAAUUAGUGCAAUUUGCAACUUAUAAUUUUUUUUCUUCCUAAUGUAUAUUCAAAAAUGAAAUUGAAAUAUCUAUGUUUUGACAUACAAAUUCUUUUUUUUUUUAAAUGAGUUUAUGUAUGCUAACUGGUUGUCUCUGUCUAAUACACCAUAGAUUUAAGAUUCUUGCAUAUGUAGAAUAGAGAAUGAUAAGAUCAGUAAGCUAUUAUUUACCUCACACAUGUCUCAUAGUGUACUAAAGAAGAUAUGAAAGAGCAUUUUCGAUCUAUGUAAACUGGAGCGUUUUUCAACAUCUACAUUUAUUUUAUUACGAGGUGCAGAGAAGUUUUAAUUUUCAAUAUGAAGGGAGAAACUCGAAUUUGAUUUGUGCUUGGAAAAGUUGAAGUACGAAUGAUUAGGAAUCUUCCAUUAUGUUAGUAAUAAUUGCCAAUUAAUUGCUUAUAAUAUGUAAAUAUAAAGAAAUAUAAAAGAAAAAUAGGAAAAGUUCUUUAUUGUGUUUCACAAUAAACAAAUUCUAUUCAUUAAGAUACAACUAUACAAUAAAUUUUAACAUAGAAAAAAUUGAUUCAAUUGAAGUAUAUAAGAUUGUUUUACGAUGAUUGCUUACCUGAAGGAAAAGCAAUGUAAAAUACAUAGUUAAAAAAAAAAUAUAUAUAUAUACGUACACAAAUAUUUUCCAUUUGAUAAAUGAAAUUAACGAACGUAACACGAAUUGAACAUACGCAAAAGAAUAGUUAAAUUUACUUACAUUGCACACUGUGUGAUUAAAUAUAUAGAAAAAUAGUAGAAAAAAUAUCUUUGUAACAAAAAGGUGGCAAAGAAAUAUAGUAUAUAUAUACAUAUUGAUAGAAAUAUUAUCAUAAUGCAUCGGCUCAAUAAAUUAAUAUUAAUAUUGAUAUAACCGGCUUAAUAAAAAUGUCAAUGGUUUAUAUCUAAUGUACGUUUCAUUGCAUCAAAUGUGAGAAAAAGUACAACCAGUUAGUAUAUAAAUAUCUUGUAUAAAAAAAAAAAAUGGAGACAUCGCAUUAAUGAUCCUUUCUUUUUUUAGUAAUUAUUACAGCAGGAGAGGUUUUGUAAUCUAAGGACACGGGAAUAGGUUAAAACAAUUGUAGAUAAUCUGCAAUAAUAAAGAAAUUAUUAUUAAGAGUUUGGGAUAUAUAGAAUAAUUAUUCUAUUGUAUGCAUUGUCACGUUGUGCCAAUAUGGUACGAAAGAUUUUCCAGAAGCUACCAUGGAAUAAUUAACGAACAUGAACUAAUUAUUAAGAUCCAAAAAAAAAACGUUAAAAACGUCGUACGUACAUUUUAUUAAGUAAUCAAUUUAUUAAAUGUCUUAAGUACGUUAGUUCCCUCUUUUUUUAUGUUUAUUUAAUCAUUGCUUUACUGGAAUAUGUUAAUAUACAUGAUAAAAUUUACAAAAUAAAUUUUCAUUUUAGAUAAACUUUUAUGUUGCUAAAUAAAUUAGUAAUAGAAUGUGAAAGCUAAUAUAAUAAUAAAGUACUAACAGGAGAAUGAGAUUAAAA